CAUCAUCUUAGCUAACUACUCUCUCUCUUUCUCUCUCUUCCCCCCUUAAACCAUUUCACAUUAAUUCUCUCCUUCUAUAUAAUCCUUACAUAUAUUCCUCACUUUCUCUCCUUCCCCUUUUUUUAUUUAUUUCAUCAUGCAUUCUUUUAAGUAGCCAAUUUCUAGGUUAGGUUAGGAACACUUGGUUUGUGUGGGACAUAUCACCAAAUCAACCAUAUAUUAAUUUAUUUGUAUAUAAAUAAAGACCUUCAUUGCCUCCAUUCCAUAUUCAAGAGGAUUCAUCACCAUGUUGCAAGAUGUUAUCCAUCCUCCAUCACAUGAUGAUCAACUAUCCAUUGAUGAAAUUUCAAGUCCAAAUAUUAGUGCACAAAUUUUUGAACUUUGUGACCCCGAUUUGUUCCACGACUCCUUGCAACAAAAUUCCGAUGUUACUUCAAGCUCAAAUUGUUGUCAAGACGAAAACAACAUCAACAACAACAAUAAUUCCUCGUAUACCUUAAACAACAUAUCACAAGCUUUAGAUUUAGAAAAUAAUAACAUCAAUAGCAAUAAUAGCAAUAGUAAUAGUACCGCUACAACAACGAGCACAACUAGCACUACCAACACGAACAACAUUAAGAAUAAUACCAAUAAUAACCUCUCAAUCAUCUUCGAUUCUCAAGAAGAAAUCGACAAUGACAUAUCAGCUUCCAUAGACUUCACAUCAUCGUCAUCUUUUCUGGUUCCGUCCCUUCUUCAGAUCAAUACAACUCAUCAAGAACAAUUUGAUUUCUCUUCAACACAACCUCUUGAACUAUCAACAUGUUCUGUUUUGAAAGGGCUAUCUUCUCAAUAUCAAACUGAUAUUAGUCCUGUUUCAGCACCAGCGCAGCUUAUCGGUGGUGCUUCGUUCCCUUCUGUGUUUGAAGAUGAUUGCAUAUCUUCAAUUCCUUCUUAUUCGCCUUCGUGUAAUUCUUAUCUUAGUAAUGGUUUAGGUUUGUAUAUGCCUCAAGGAAAUCUAAAUACUGCUUUAUCUGCUGAUAGUUCUAGCUUAUUUGGUGGAGGAAUUCUAUUAGGUUCUGAAAUGCAGACUCAAGAUUUGGAUUAUCAAGGUGAAAAUGCUGGAAUUUAUUGUACAGAUUCUGUUCAACAAGUUUUUAAUCCUCAAGAUUUUCAGGCACUUGGUACUGAGAAUCACAAACUAGUAGCUGCUGCUGGUUCUGCCAAUUUAGCACCAGAAAUCUCACACUUGGAGGACUCUAGUUUGAAGGUUGGAAAACUUUCUGUUGAGCAAAGGAAAGAGAAGAUUCAUAGAUAUAUGAAGAAGAGAAAUGAAAGAAAUUUCAGUAAGAAAAUCAAGUAUGCUUGUCGAAAAACUUUAGCGGAUAGCCGUCCGCGAGUUAGAGGAAGGUUCGCAAAAAAUGAUGAUUUUGGAGAGAAUCAAAGGCCAGCUAGUAGCAACCAUGAAGAUGAUGAUGAAAUAGCUGUUAAAGAAGAAGAUGAUAUGGUUGAUUCCUCAGAUAUCUUUGCACAUAUCAGUGGACUUAACUCCUUCAAAUGCAACUAUUCCAUCCAAUCCUUGAUUUGAAUUAAUUAAUAUAUAGUUUGACUAGUAGUAUAUGUAUAUGAUCUAUAUAUAUAAUAUAAUAAUAAUAUAUAUUUAGCUUGUGUAGAUUUUUGUAGGGCCCUUUUCCAUCUUUAGGGAUGGUUUGAGGUAACUAAAUAAUCGGGGUCCAAAUAUUAUAUACCAAUAAGUGAGUUAGGAUCACACAGAAAUUAGAAAAAUGUAUACAAUUUUGCAGAUAUGUCUUUUUCUAUGUUGUAACUAUGAACAAAGUUGUUUGUAUUUAACACAUGAAAAAAAAAAGAGGUUGCCCCAUAAAA